CGGUAGUUUUCCUUUUGGGAUUUCAACAGAAUAUCAUGAUAUCUGUUUAGUGAGACCUAGUCUUGUUAUCUGCCCAAUAUUUAAUUUAAUGACGUUCGCCCGUUGUUAAAGAAAACACUCCACGCCGAUUGUGACGUCAUAUAAUUCGAUCUUUCUCUUUUUAUUUACGGGGUCUUAUAAAUCAAUUUUUCUUUCUUUUAAUUAGCGGUUUUAUUCUAUUCUGUUUUAGUUCUGUUUGUUUAAAAUAUUAAUUAAAAUGUUUAAAAGUUGGGACCGUCUAUUAAGCAUAUCGCCUAUUUAGUUUUCUUGAGCGGUUUCUCUGGUUAUUAAUAAUGGAGAAACAAGGCCGUUCGUUUGAAGAGGAGUUCCAGGCGGUGGUUCUCAGUAUAAACAGGCUGGUGAAGAUCAUGCAUUAUGUAACCAGUUUUCCUGAGACAACUGUUUUCCGUGAGGCGCAACAGGAUUUGGAUGCUGAAAUCAUAUUAGCGGAUAUAUCACAAGAGCUUGAUCUGCUGAAUGUUACACUUUUGAACUGUCAGAAAGAAAUGUUCAUUCCAUACCUGAAGGAUAGACAAAACAAACUGGACGAUAUCUUGGAAUUCUUUCAAAAGGAAGGAAAAGCCAGCACGUUGAAGCAAACCACCAGACGAAAGCCACUGACGACACAAAUAAAGAAAUCAUUGCUGGCACCAACAUGGGAAGAAACGCUUAGGAGGCCAUCUCUACCGCCAAUGAAGCCGAAGAUGAAAGUGAAGAAGACCGCAGAACAGAAGCUUACAUCAUCAUCACCCAACGAAUCAAGAACAUCUUGUAUCAUAAUCAAAGAUGAUAAGGAGCUGAAGACCAGGAUGAAGCAGCUACGUCACAUGGCAAGGAAGAUUAAUAAACUCAAGACAGAGACUGACAAUGUCAGGAAACUGAUUGACUUGGUCAAUAUUCUCCAGGCCAUGAACCAAUCAGUGCCCUUUGCGUCGACCUUGGACAGGAUAUUCAACAGUCCUGAAGACAGUGAUGAGCCAGAUGAUGUUAUACAUACCACCCAGAGUGAACCAAUUGGUAUUGGAUCCAUUUACAUUGCUGUGUCAGAUGGUACUUUAACAUCCUCAGAUAUUCGGUCAGAUGGUAUCAGACCUACCAAUCAGAGCGAGUCUGAUUCCUACAGGAUCACCAACGAAGAUGUCUCGGAUGAUAUCAGAAUUACAUAUCCACACCAUACCGAGUCAGACAGUAUUAAACGUACCACCCAGAGUGAGCCAAUUGGUAUUGGACCCAUUUAUCAUGGGGAGUCAGGUGGUAUUUUAAAAUCCUCACACAAUCAGUCAGAUGCUAUCAGACCUACCAACCAGAGCGAGUCUGAUUCCUAUAGAAUCACCCUCAAUGAUGUCUCAGAUGAUAUCAGAACUACAUAUACACAUCGUACUGAGUCAGACAGUAUUAAACCCACCAUCCAGAGUGAGUCAUAUAUUAUCAAAACCAUCAAUCAGGGUGAAUCAUAUGAUAGACUCAUCAACCAUAUUGAGUCAGAUGGUAUUUUACCACCCACAGAUAUUCAGUCAGAUGGUAUUAGACCCACUCAGAAUACUGAGGUAAAUCGUGCUGGAUCCAUUCACAAUGUUGAGUCAAGUUGUAUUUUACCAUCCUCAUAUAUUAACAUAGAUGGUAUUAGACACACCCAAAAUAUUGAGCCAACUGGUACAGGACCCAUUCAUCAUGUCGAGUCAGGUGGUAUUUUACCAGUCUCAGACAUUCAGUCAGAUGGUAUUAGAUCCACCCAGAAGUUAAUUGGUAGUAGACCCAUUCAUCAUGUUGAGUCAGGUCGUAUUUUACCAGACUCAGAUAUUCAGUCAGAUGAUAUUAAACCCACCCAGAAGUUAAUUGGUACUAGACCCAUUCAUCAUAUUGAAUCAGGCGAUAUUUUACCAGUCUCAGAUAUUCAGUCAGAUGAUAUUAAACCCACCCAGAGGUUAAUUGGUACUGGACCCAUUCACCAUGUUGAAUCAGAUGGUAUUUUACCAGUCUCAGAUAUUCAGUCAGAUGAUAUUAGACCCACCCAGAAUAUUGAGACAGAUGGUACUGGACCCAUUCACCAUGUUGAGUCAGGUGGUAUUUUACCAGUCUCAGAUAUUCAGUCAGAUGGUAUUAGACCCACCCAGAAGUUAACUGAUACUGGAUCCAUUCUCCAUACCGAGUCAGGUGGUAUUUUACCAGUCUCAGAUAUUCAGUCAGAUGGUAUUAGAAUCACCCAGAGGUUAAUUGGUACUGGCCCCAUUCACCAUGCUGAGUCAGGUGGUAUUUUAUCAGUCUCAGAUAUUCAGUCAGAUGGUAUUAGAAUCACCCAGAAUACUGAUUCAAAUGGUACUGGACUUAUACACCAUGUUGAGUCAGGUGAUAUUUUAUUAGCCUCAGAUAUUCAGUCAGAUGAUAUUAGAUCCACCCAGAAUACUGAUUCAAAUGGUACUGGACUUAUACACCAUGUAGAGUCAGGUGGUAUUUUAUCAGCCUCAGAUAUUCAGUCAGAUGAUAUUAGAUCCACCCAGAAUACUGAUUCAAAUGGUACUGGACUUAUUCACCAUGUUGAAUCAGGUGGUAUUUUACCAUUUUCAGAUAUUCAGCCAGAUGAUAUUAGAAUCACCCAGAAUUUAAUUAGUACUAGAUCCAUUCACCAUGUUAGGUUUGGUGGUAUUUUACCAGUCUUAGAUAUUCAGUCAGAUAAUAUUAGACCCACCCGGAAGUUAAUUGGUACUGGACCCAUUCAUCAUGCCGAGUCGGGUAGUAUUUUAUCAGCCUCAGAUAUUCAGUCAGAUGGUAUUAGAAUCACCCAGAAUACUGAUUCAAAUGGUACUGGACUUAUACACCAUGCUGAGUCAGGUGGUAUUUUAUCAGCCUCAGAUAUUCAGUCGGAUGAUAUUAGAUCCACCCAGAAUACUGAUUCAAAUGGUACUGGACUUAUACACCAUGUUGAGUCAGGUGAUAUUUUAUCAGCCUCAGAUAUUCAGUCAGAUGAUAUUAGAUCCACCCAGAAUACUGAUUCAAAUGGUACUGGACUUAUACACCAUGUUGAGUCAGGUGGUAUUUUAUCAGCCUCAGAUAUUCAGUCAGAUGAUAUUAGAUCCACCCAGAAUACUGAUUCAAAUGGUACUGGACCCAUUCACCAUGUUCAGUCAGAUGGUAUUAGGCACACCCAGAAGCCAGAUGGUACUGGACUCAUUCACCAUGUCGAGUCAGGUGGUAUUUUAUUACCCUCUGAUAUUCAGUCAGAUAAUAUUAAACACACCCAGAAGCCAGAUGGUACUGGACUCAUUCACCAUGAGUCAGGUGGUAUUUUACAAUCCUCAGAUACUCAGUCAGAUGAUAUUAAACCCACCAAGUUAAUUGGUACUGGACCCAUUCACCAUGUCGAGUCAGGUGGUAUUUGUUCAGCGUCAGGUAUUCAGUCAGACAGUAUUAGACCCACCCAGCAUUGCAAAUCAAAUGGUACUAAAAGCAUUCACCAUGAUGAGUCAGGUGGUGUUUUAUUAUCCUCAGAUAUUCAGUCAGAUGAUAGAGCCACCCAGAGGUCAACUGGUAAUGGACCCAUUCACCAUGUUGUGUCAGGUGGUAUUUUACCAACCUCGGAUAUUCAGUCCAUUGGUAUUAGAACCAUCCAAAAUACUGGUACUGGAACCAUUCACCAUGCAGAGUCAGGUGGUAUUUUACUAUCCUCAGAUAUUCAGUCAGAUAUUAGACCCACCCAGAAGUCAACUGGUACUAGACCCAUUCACCAUGUUGAGUCAGGUGGUAUUUUAUUACCCUCAGAUAUUCAGUCAGAUGAUAUUAGAGCCACCCUGAAGUUAACUGGUACUGGACCCAUUCACCAUGUUGAGUCAGGUGGUAUUUUACCAGCCUCAAAUAUUCAGUCAGAUAGUAUUAGAUCCACCCAGAAUACUGAUUCAAAUGGCACUGGACUUACUCACCAUGUUGAAUCAGGUGGUAUCUUACUAUCCUCAGAUAUUCAGUCAGAUGAUAUUAGAUCCACCCAGAAUAUUGAGUCAACUAAUACUGGACUCAUUCACCAUGUUGAGUCUGGUGGUAUUUUACUAUCUUCAGAUAUUCAGUCAGAUGGUGUUAGACACAUCCAGCAUAUGGAGUCAAAUGAUACAGGACUUGUUCACCAUGUUAAGUCAGGUGGUAUUUUACCAGCCUCAUAUAUUCUGCCAGAUAGCAUUAGACACACCCAGAAUACUGAUUCAAAUGGUACUGGACUUCUACACCAUGUUGAGUCAGGUGGUAUUUUAUCAGCCUCAAAUAUUCAGUCAGAUGAUAUUAGAUCCACCCAGAAUACUGAUUCAAAUGGUACUGGACUUAUACACCAUGUUGAGUCAGGUGGUAUUUUAUCAGCCUCAGAUAUUCAGUCAGAUAUUAGAUCCACCCAGAUUACUGAUUCAAAUGGUACUGGACGUAUACACCAUGUUGAGUCAGGUGGUAUUUUAUCAGCCUCAGAUAUUCAGUCAGAUGAUAUUAGAUCCACCCAGAUUACUGAUUCAAAUGGUACUGGACUUAUACACCAUGUUGAAUCAGGUGGUAUUUUACUAUCUUCAGAUAUUCUGUCAGGUGGUGUUAGACCCAUCCAGCAUUGUGAGUCAAAUGGUACUGGACUUGUUCACCAUGUUAAUAUUCUGCCAGAUAGUAUUAGAUCCACCCAGAAUACUGAUUCAAAUGGUACUGGACUUAUUCACCAUGUUGAGUCAGGUGGUAUUUUAUCAGCCUCAGAUAUUCAGUCAGAUGGUAUUAGAUCCACCCAGAAUACUGAUUCAAAUGCUACUGGACUUAUUCACCAUGUUGAGUCAGGUGGUAUUUCAUCAGCCUCAAAUAUUCAGUCAGAUUGUAUUAGAUCCACACAGAAAACUGAUUCAAAUGGUACUGGACUUACUCACCAUGUUGAAUCAGGUGGUAUCUUACUAUACUCAGAUAUUCAGUCAGAUGGUGUUAGACCCACCCAGUAUUGUGAGUCAAAUGGUACUGGACCGAUUCACAAUGUCGAGUUGGGUGGUAUUUUACUAUCCUCAGAUAUUCAGUCCGAUGGUGUUGGACUCACCCAGCAUAUGGAGUCAAAUGGUACAGGACUUGUUUACCAUGUUAAGCCAGGUGGUAUUUUACCAGCCUCAUAUAUUGUACCAGAUAGUAAUACACACACACAGAAUAUUGAGUCAAAUGAAACUGGACCCAUACACCACGUUGAGUCAGGUGAUAUUUCAUCAGCCUCAGAUAUUCAGUCAGAUGGUAUUAGACCUACCAUCCAGAGUGAGUUAUAUAUUACCAAAACCAUCAACCAGGGUGACCUGGAUGACAGACUCGCCAACCAUAUUGAGUCUGAUAGUAUUAUACCAAACCACCAUGUAGAGUCAGAUGCUAUUUUACCACCCACAGAUAUUCAUUUAGAUGGUUUUAGACCCAACCAGAAUAUUGAGUUAAAUGGUACUGGACACAUCCACCAUGUUGAGUCAGGUGGUAUUUUACCAUCCUCAUAUAUUCUGUCACAUAGUAUUAGACACACCCAUAAUAUUGAGCUAAAUGGUACUCGUCCUAUGCACCAUGUUCAGUCAGAUGGUAUUAUACCUGUCCAGAAUAAUGAGUCAAAUGAUAUUGGAUACACCCACCAUGAAUCAGGUGGUAUUUUACCAUCCUCAGAUAUACAGUCAGAUGGUAUUAGAUCCACCUACCAUACUGAAUCAAAUGGUAUUGGAAUCAUUCACCAUAAUGAAUCAGGUCGUAUUUUACCAUCCUCAAAUAUUCAGUCAGAUGGUAUUCAGCCCACCUACCAUACUAUGUCAAAUGGUAUUGGAGCCAUGCAUCAUGUUGAAUCAGGUGACAUUUUAUCACCCUCAGAUAUUCAGUCAGAUGGUAUUCGGUCCACCUACCAUAUUAUGUCAAAUGGUAUUGGAGCCAUGCAUCAUGUUGAAUCAGGUGACAUUUUAACAUCCUCAGAUACUGAGUCAGAUGGUACUAGACCCUCCUAUCAUACUGAGUCAAAUGAUCUUGCACAUACCUAUCAGUGUGAGUCAGAGGGUAUAACAUCCCUCCACCAGGCUGAUCAUUCCCAUAUCAGAACUGGCCGUGAUUCUGCGUCGGAGGAAACCACAGUCCCCUAUAGUCGCAGUUCACGUACCACUACAUAUUCACAAAUAAAGAAAUACAUGAACAUUACUCAAAGACGUUUAAGGUUACAACUUUUGCGAUGGUUAAGGGGUCCUAUGUUUAAACUAUUCCUACUCAUGUUAUUAAUUUUGACAGUAGUGGUAAUAUUUAUGCAAUAUUGCUUUUAUUCAAAAAAGAGACGUUGUUUAUAUGUACACCGUUUCCUGUCAUUAUUUGUUGAAGUUUGUUCCUGUUCUGAAAUGAUCUACUAAAAAUGCUCGAGCGCUUGCCUAAGGUGAUUUGGUUAUAGGAUCGAACCUUCUCGGGUUUCCUUGUCCCAGCUAGUGCCCCAUGUCUGGUAUAUUAAAGAACCUAGUAUGUACUGUCCUGUGACAGUCUAUAGGUAUAGCUUACAUUUUAAUAUUCAGAAACAGACCACUAUUCCUCAGUUUCGUAUUGUAAAGUAUUUAAAAUACCCACAUGGUAUUAAAACUGAAAUUUGCAUUAGUAAAAGAUGUUAUAAUAUUGUAUGGUGGAAUUGAAGCAGUGUAGCAGGCACAUGUUCAAAAAAUUGUGUAUCUAUUUAUGUAUGUAUUUAUGUCCGUAUGUAUUUGUCAUUAGUUUCAGCGAUAUGUUACAUUAAUUGACUAUCAUCUUACAUUGUGUUAAUAUUGUAAGGCGAUGUUAUCAAGACACCCCAACCCUGACACCGUCACAAUGAUGUGGGGCAACAAAUUAAACUAAAUAAAAACAUUAAAGAAAGAUAUUUAAUUAUACUGAACUUCAUUGGAAACACAUAAGCCAGAUAUGUAGUUUUAAAAUGAUUUAAUACAUGAGAAAAAAUAAUACAUUUAACUGACUUUGUGUAACUGUAUGUAUUCUAAUAGGCAAUAAAUAACCCAAAAAUUCAAUAAAUUGGUUAGGGAUAUUGUAUUUUAUAGCAACCUCAUAAUGGUUAGCAAUAACAACAAUAUACAUUCUUUGUACAGGUUUUGUUAAAUAAAUAAAUAUAUAUAUAUUU